GAUAAUGAAAGAGUCAAGUCGAACGAACAUCUUGGACGGUUUACAUACAAGCCUGCAAAUAGAUUAGAUAGAACCUCAAAGGACUAUCCUGUGGACAAUUCCAAUCCCUCGUCAUGUCUGCACGGUCGCCCCGCUCGCCCAAAAUGCCUCUGACCCAGGCUCCUGUCCCAUUAUCCCCAGUCACUCUCUCCCCAAAAAGAGGGAAAUUGACCUCAUUCACAUCAAGUCCAGCUUCGCCAACUGCUAUUACUCGUCGGCCAUCACCUGAUAAUAAUGCUUCUGUUCGAUUGCAAAUGUUCUCAAGCUCUGUCGAUGACUGGCUAACAGCAAAACUCCCCCCUGGACUUAUCUACUUCAUCUCCCAAAAUGUCGGCCUCGUCUUCGUAGCCAUCUCGGAAUUAUUCUUCGUCCUCAUGGGUCUCACUGUCAAGUACUUUCUCUCCGCUACCCAAAUAUCCACCACAACUUUGAUCUUUGUCCGAAUGGGCAUCACAGCCAUCUGCUGCGUCCUAUCCCUCUGGCUUAUCAAGCGCGACCCUAACCCUCUCCUCGGCCCACCGGGCAUACGCGGUAUCCUCAUCCUGCGCGGUUUCUUCGGCUUCAUGGGUCUUCUGUCAAGCUAUCAAAGCCUCAGAGGCCUUACCCUUUCCGAUUCUGUCACAAUCCAAUUCCUCGCACCUAGCGUCACCGCCCUCUUAGGUUUCUUGUUCCUGCACGAGACACUCUCACAACGUGAAAUACUGGCAGGCUUCUUCUGUCUGGUCGGCGUCGUGCUCGUAAGCCGUCCGCCAUUCAUCUUUGGCGGGGAAGGGAAAAGAGAAGAUAUCACUUUACCAGGAGAAGGUGGAGGGACGAGGUUGGACUUGCCCCUGCCCCCUGGGGAAGGGGAUCAAGAGGGAAAUGAUACGACCGAAAGAGCAAUAGCAGUGACAUGGGCUUUUGUUGCUGUUUUCUUUGCGUCCAUGGCUUAUACAACAAUCAGGUGGAUCGGAAACAAAGCGCACGCGCUUCAUUCCAUCACCUACUUUUCUUACACAUGUACUAUCACCUGCGGUCUAUGGCUUCUAUUUAAGCCCGGUCAUAUCGUAUGGGUCUCUUCCCUUCACGAGCUUCUAUUCAUCGUCACCAUCGGUAUAUUCGGGUUCGCAGCCCAAACAUUCCUAACCCUCGGCCUCCAACGCGAGAAAGCCGGUCGAGCAGGUCUCGCCAUAUAUCUCCAAGUCGUCUUCUCCCUUUUAUUCGAGUUUGUGCUUUGGGGGACAAUACCUUCUUUCCUCUCAGCUUUGGGGACGGUGAUUAUCUUAGCGUCUGCUAUUUGGGCUACUAUAUCCUCCACCCCCAACCGACCCUUAGCUAAACCUACCGAUCCAGAAGCCGUUCCCUUCUCCCGCACACCUUCUCCCAUCCCACCUCCUGUAGCUGGUCUUGGCCGUCGAUCUCGUCAUUCUAGUUUCAGAGCUGGGGAACAUUAUAAUUACGACUCUAUUCCCACAUCUGACGCAGAAGAGGAAGGGGAAGGAGACACAAGGAAGAGAGAGAAAGGACCCAGUAGGAAAGGUAGCAUUUUCUCCUCAAAAAAAGACUCCGCCCUGGGUCUCUCGAUUGGAGGAGACUCAAACUUGGGUAUCCCCCAAUCAAGAUUGGGGCCAAGUUUGGGAAAGAGAAGGGAGAGUCAGCUUUCAAUUUCGAGUGCCAGCGGUAAUAAAGGAGUACGUGAGCCCAAGAAUGGUGUAAUAGGGGGCAGUAGGCGGAAUUCCAGGUUUAGAGCCAAAUCAGAUACCGAGUGAUGCGGUUCCUCGCCCUGUCCCUCUUUGGAUGGACUUAUAGUUGUAUCUCUUUCUGCAUGACACUGAGACUUUGUUCCACCUUUCGCCUUAAACCAGGGUCAUGCCAUGCGAUGUGUGAGUUGUAACCCUCAUUUGAUUGAUGAUAUGCUUCUCACAGUCAGCUAGAUUUCCUUUUUCUAAGCUUUGAUAGACAUCCAUUGUAAAGAUUAACCAAUGAAACAAUGCAAAAUAUCGUAUCAACCCACCUGCAAGGCCAAAUAGCAAGCGAGCUCUUUUCCGGCAUUUUUUUUUUUUAAACUUGGAUCUUCAACCCGCUCCCUCUCAUCUCUCUCCC